UUGAAGGUACACAGAGCCGCGUUCGCCUCCACGCGCGUUGCUUCCCACGGACACGGCAGCACAGGGAGCGCCGCGCGCAGAGAGCUCUGUCCCGGGAUUUUACCCAGUGUUCUUCACACAGCGCGCGCCGAGCGACGGAGGAGCCGCAGAGAGAGCGGGCACCAUGUCUAAGAUGGAGGCAAAGACAUCCCUGCUGGACAAUAUGAUCGGCGUGGGGGACAUGGUGCUGUUGGAGCCCCUCACCGAAGAGUCCUUCAUUAACAAUCUGAAGAAUCGCUUUGACCACAGUGAGAUCUACACCUACAUUGGCAGUGUAGUCAUCUCCUUGAACCCCUACAGGCCCCUGCCCAUCUACACAGCAGACAAGGUGGAGGAAUACCGCAACAGGAACUUCUACGAGCUGAGCCCACACAUCUACGCCCUGGCGGAUGAGGCCUACCGCUCCCUGAGAGACCAGGACAAGGACCAGUGCAUCCUCAUCACGGGAGAGAGCGGAGCUGGGAAAACAGAGGCCAGCAAGCUGGUGAUGUCAUAUGUGGCGGCAGUGUGUGGGAAAGGUCAGGAAGUGAAUAAAGUGAAGGAGCAGCUGCUACAGUCCAACCCCGUGUUGGAAGCUUUUGGGAACGCCAAAACCGUGAGGAACGACAACUCAUCUCGAUUUGGAAAGUACAUGGACAUUGAGUUUGACUUCAAGGGCGAUCCUUUGGGUGGCGUCAUCAGCAACUAUCUUCUGGAGAAGUCUCGAGUAGUGAAGCAGCCAAGGGGUGAAAGAAACUUCCACAUCUUCUACCAGCUGCUCUCAGGCGCCUCAGAGGACACCCUAAAGAAACUGAAGCUGGACAGGGACCUGAGCAAGUAUAACUACCUGAGCCUGGACUCGGCAGCAGUCAAUGGGUUGGAUGAUGCGGCAAACUUCCGUACUGUCAGAAAUGCCAUGCAGAUCGUGGGCUUCAUGGAGGAUGAAGUUCAGUCGGUGCUGGAGCUGGUGGCGGCCAUCCUGAAGCUGGGAAACAUUGAGUUCAAGCCGGAGUCGCGUGUCAAUGGCUUCGACGAGAGCCGAGUGAAGGACAAAAACGAUCUGAAGGAGAUGUGUGAACUGCUGGGAAUCGAGCAGUCGGCCCUGGAGAGGGCCUUCAGCUUCCGCACAGUGGAGGCCAGACUGGACAAGGUCUCCACCACCCUCAACGUGGCCCAGGCCUACUACGCCCGUGACGCUUUGGCCAAGAACCUGUACAGUCGUCUGUUCAGCUGGCUGGUGACCAGGAUCAACGAGAGUAUCAAGGCACAAACCAAAGUACGCAAGAAGGUGAUGGGAGUCCUGGACAUCUAUGGCUUUGAAAUUUUUGAGAAUGGAGAUAACAGCUUUGAGCAGUUCAUCAUCAACUACUGCAAUGAGAAGCUGCAGCAGAUAUUCAUUGAGCUCACGCUGCGGGAGGAGCAGGAGGAGUACGUCCGGGAGGGGAUCGAGUGGACCAACAUUGAAUACUUCAACAACGCCAUCAUCUGUGACCUCAUUGAGAAUAAUCAGAAUGGGAUCCUGGCCAUGCUGGAUGAGGAAUGUCUACGACCAGGCACGGUGACGGACGAGACCUUCCUGGACAAGCUGAACACCAUCUGUGCUGACCACCAGCACUUUGAGAGCCGCUUGAGCAAGAACUCAAAGUUCCUCACUGACCACACCCUGCCACACAAUUGCUUCCGCAUCCAACACUAUGCCGGCAAGGUGCUGUAUCGUGUGGAGGGCUUCGUGGACAAGAACAAUGACUUGCUAUACCGAGACCUCUCCCAGGUCAUGUUCAAGGCCAAUCACAGCCUGAUGAAGCUGCUCUUCCCUGAGGGCAACCCCAACAAAGUCAACCUGAAAAGGCCUCCCACUGCUGGCUUUCAGUUCCGGGCCUCGGUGGGGACCCUCAUGAAGAACCUGCUGACCAAGAACCCCAACUACAUCAGGUGCAUCAAGCCCAAUGACAAGAAGGCAGCACACAUCUUCACAGAAUCACUAGUGUGCCACCAGGUGCGCUACCUGGGACUGAUGGAGAAUGUGCGUGUGCGGCGUGCUGGCUACGCCUUCCGCCAGGCUUACGAGCCCUGUCUGGAACGCUACAAGAUGCUCUGCAAACAGACCUGGCCUCACUGGAAGGGCCCAGCCAGGGAGGGCGUGGAGGUGCUGCUGACAGACUUGCAGAUUCCGAACGAGGAGUUCUCCUAUGGACGAUCUAAGAUAUUCAUCAGGAACCCCAGAACGCUCUUCACCUUGGAGAACAAGAGGGCACAGUGCUUGGAAGACCUUGCCACCCUUAUCCAGAAGAUCUACCGUGGCUGGAAGCGCCGUACGGAGUUCCUGCUCAUGAAAAGGAGCCAGGUGGUGGUGGCCGCCUGGUACCGUAGAUAUGCGCAACAAAAGAAGUAUCAGCAGAUCAAGAGCUCAACCAUUGUGGUACAGUCCUUCAUCAGGGGGUGGAAGGCUCGCAAGAUCCUGCGUGAGCUGAAGUACCAGAAGCGAUGCCAGGAGGCGGUGACUACCAUCGCAGCGUACUGGCAUGGCACCCAGGCAAGGAUGGAACUACGCCGGCUAAAGACGGAAGCACGGAAUAGACAUGCUGUCUCAGUCAUUUGGGCCUCCUGGCUGGGGAUGAAGGCGCGCAGGGAGCUGAGACGACUGAAAGAGGAGGCGAGGCGAAGGCACGCUGUUGCUGUAAUUUGGGCCUAUUGGCUCGGACUCAAGGUCCGCCGUGAAUACAGGAAGUUCUUCAGAGCUAAUGCUGGCAAAAAGAUCUACGAAUUCACCAUUCAAAGAAUUAUGCAGAAGUACUUUCUGGAGCUGAAGAAGACCUUGCCCUCCAUGUCACCCAUCGAUAAAAGCUGGCCAGCCCGACCGUACCUGUUCUUGGAAGGAGCACACACAGAGCUCAGAAGGAUCUUCCAUCUGUGGAGGUGCAAAAAAUACAGGGAGCAGUUCACUGAACAGAAGAAAGCCAUCUUUGAGGAGAAAUUGGAAGCUAGUGAGAUCUUCAAAGAUAAGAAGACCCUGUACCCCAGCAGCGUUGGCCAGCCAUUCAAAGGUGACUACCUGGAGAUGAAAACAAACCCCAGGUACCAGAAGCUCAACAACCUCGUGGAGGAGAAGGUCAUCCUUGCCGACAUCGUCAACAAAAUCAACAGGGCCAACGGCAAGGGGGCUCCACGGGUCUUCCUCUUGACCAAGAUCAACCUGGUUCUCGCCGACCACAAGACAGGCCAGAUGAAGGCCAGCGUGCCUCUCUCGGACCUCACCGGCGUGUCUGUCAGCAGUCAGAGCGACGGCUUCUUCGCCCUCCGGCUGAAGGAGGGCUCCGCUUCAGCAGCAAAGGGUGACUUCCUUUUGAGCAGCGAGCGACUGAUUGAGAUCAUCACCAAGCUGCACCGCAUCAAGACCAGCUCCGGCGAGCAGAUCAACAUCGACAUCUCGGACGAGUUUCUGGUGCAGUUCAAGCAGGACAAAGUGUGCGUCAAGUUCCUUCAGGGUGGCCCAAAGAAUGGAAACAGCGCCACCUGUAAGCGCAAGAACAAUCGCCUGCUGGAGGUGUCUGUGCCAUCGCCAUAGAGACACACCCUUGGUGCCAGCGCUGGGACUGUUUGCCUCCCGUUCCCUUUCAUCCCCCCCAACCCCACCCCAGUGCCCCUUGCCGCUCAAUCCCAGCCCCCUGAUAACUGUGCAAUUUUUUUGCUUUUUUUUUUUCCUGUAUUUAAAAUCAUUAUGUCAUUAUUUUAUCUCGUUGUGCACAACCACACUGUAGAGAGGGAAAAACCCCACCACAACACCAGCUAGACUGGGGAGGGGGGUCAUCCUUUCACAAACACACAGGAAGAAAAAAAUACUGCUCUUAAAUCAGGGGUUGAUGGGUGCGAAAAGCAUCUUCCUCUUUUCGGAGUGCAUGAUGGUGAUGAUGGUGACGACUAUGAGGAUGACAAUGGUGGUUUUAAUUAACAAUCUGUUAGAUGCUGACAGAGCUUAUAUGAUUCACCUAGCAAACUGUACCAGACGUGCUGCACUCUGGGGGUCUGUCACGGCGAGCACCUUUCACCCGCGCCCUCCUCGGCGGGUUUUCGCAGGGAAGUUACUCUAUUCACUCCCGAAGUCAGCAGCACGUAGGAGCACCGAUUGAGAAUGUUGAGCAUCCAGGACGAUCUGAUGAAGAGGUUCCAAGCCUGAAUGAUCGGCCUUGCGCUCACCCAGGUGGGGUAAAAGAGUAUUUUAUGUAUUUUAUACCAUUUGAUCGCACGUGGUCAAGCAUUCAAACUGGUCACGGUGCUGACAGGUGUCCACGCAGUUAUCAAGUUCGUCAGAAACUGCAAAAUCGCGAUCGUCGAGUCCAAUACCAGGAACUCUGACAUCUGCUGAUGGUUGGCGUCCGUCCUAUCCCCAGCUGAGGUCUUGGCACAUCGCGAGGGAAGUGGACGGAGAGCCUCUCUCAUUUCAUUAUCCAGAGCCAAUGCCAAGACAGCCAAGAUCCUUCUUCAUACAGAACGUGUUGGAGCGCUGCACAUUUCACAUGCGGGUGGUGUCGCUUUGGAGGCCUGCUGCACCGGCAUGCGUUUCCCGCACGUGGUUUCCGUCAGCCGCGAGCGACUCCGCUACAUCGCUCCCGCUUGUUAGUCACUCUCCUCGAGCCUUUCUAGCGGGGAGGAGAAGCGAAUCACAAGUGUCGGAGAGCUGCGUUUUUGCUCUACGGGAGGAAUACUGCCCUCUUGGUAAUGGUUGAGCGUACAGCUUCGGCACCUUCUGUUUCCUGUGGCAGGAAGUGAGGUCUUUCUAAAGGGUUUCCGCCGAUGAGUGAGGAUUUUACAGCUGCCGUUGAACAGAAGGGAGUGAGGUGGACAGUGUGUGGACGGGGGUGGGGGAAUGGGUCCUGUUGGGGAAGAUCAAAAGUGAUCAUGGCUGGACUCCGGGCAUCGGUGCCGCACGCACCUCCCAGACCCGGAGGGGGAUGUGGCGGAGCGGUUCCAGGCCCCAGGAGCGGUUCGACCACACAUUAACUAACGAUGCUUGUCGAGUGCCGGUGUCCCAGUGCUCGGCGGUAACUAAUUCGGGCUGUAGUGCGAUGCCCUUCCUGUCGCUCUGUCUCUGAGCUCAUCAAAUUCAGAGAACCGAUAUGUUUUCGCUACAGAAUGUCGGAGCCCUUUUAUUUUUAGCCCGACCCUGCAAGCUGAUAAGGGGGGGGGCACAAUGUUUGCCUUGGGUUUGACCCAAGAUCUUUGAGUGCUUCGCCCAGUACCCUUGUUCUGGCCUUGUAGGCACACACCUCUCUCACACACAGGACAUAAAGCAUCACUAUUGCGACACUUCAGUGGUCCGUUCCAGGAUAUUCGUUCUUCUCAAUGUUCCGCGUUCUUCUCUUACGGACCUUCGAAGAAGUGGAGCAAGUCGUCACACGAUAUCAGAGAGAUAGAAAGUAAAGCCCUACGGAUGCUGACGACCUGCCGCUUCCCUCACUACUGCACCUCAGUUUUGUGUUUUCUUCUUCACGUUACUGUAAUUUAGCUAACUGGUCCAUUUGGGAGAAUUUUUUUCUUUUUUUCCUUCUUCUUUCCGGGAGAUUUACGAUGGGUACUGAGCUGAUCGUAGGCAGCCUUUUAGCUUUUUGGUACCAAACGGAAACUACAGUGCAGUAUGCUUUUUUUCUUUGUGUAUGUAUUUCAGUAUAAAAAAAAAAAUCAAAUGUUUGCAUUCUUGUUGUGUGCCUAAUGUAAUCAGUACUACAAACAGAACGUCAGUGUAAUAAAUUGCAAUUAAUCUUUUUUCUUUUCAAUUAAAGCAGGAAAUAAAUGAU